AUCAAAAGCUUGCACAGAAAUUAGCAGUAAUUAGAGAGAGAAAGUAGAGAGAUGAGGAGUAAUCAAGCAAGAUUAAACACAGGAAAUGUGGUUCCUCUUCUUGGGUUAGGCACGUAUUCUUCUUCAAAUGAUAGUGAGAUUACUGAAAAGGCCAUUCAUAUGGCUAUUAAGAUGGGUUAUAGACAUUUUGACACAGCAAAAAUAUACGGAUCUGAGCCAGCUCUUGGAAAGGCUUUAAUGGAAGCAAUGAAUGAUGGUGUUGUUGAUAGAGAAGACAUUUUUGUUACAUCUAAGCUUUGGUCAAGUGAUCACCAUGAUCCUGUUUCAGCCCUCAAUCAAUCUCUACAAAACCUAGGAAUGGAGUACGUGGACUUGUACUUGGUGCACUGGCCCGUAAGGUUCAAAUCAUGGGCCGAAUAUCCAAUACCCAAUGAAGAGGACUUUGAAGAUCUGGACUUGGAAUCCACGUGGGCCGGUAUGGAGAAAUGCCUUGAGUUGGGCCUCUGUAAAGCUAUCGGUGUUAGCAAUUUUUCCACCAAGAAAUUACAACACCUAUUAGAUUUUGCAUCUGUUUGUCCUGCAGUUAAUCAGGUUGAAAUGCACCCAAUGUGGAGGCAAAACAAGCUGAGAAAAUUUUGUGGAGAACAUAAGAUUCAUGUGAGUGCAUAUAUGCCUCUUGGUGGCCCUGGAAAUUUCUGGGGAUCAACAUCGAUUGUAAAAGAGCCCAUCAUCCUGUCCAUUGCCCAAAAACACAAAGCAACUCCUGCUCAGGUUGCACUGAGAUGGGGAAUGCAGAAGGGAGCUAGCGUAAUUGUAAAGAGCUUCAACGAAGAUCGGAUCAGCGAAAACAUCAGUGCCCUCAAUGUCAAGUUAGACGACAACGAUAUGAUCAACAUUGAGAAGUUAAUGGAGAGAAAAAUACUAAGAGGAGAUCAUCUAAUUAACAAAACUACUAGCCCUUACGAGACAAUUGAACAACUAUGGGAUUAUGAGAUAUAGCCUCUAACAUGAUUGUACUCUUUAGGAAAGAAGUAAAAGCCAUCAAUAUCUGCUUCAACAGUCACAUCUGUAAAUUAUAAGCAAGAAAGAUGAUAGGCAGGACAUCAUAAAAUCUGU